AUGCCUUUCAAGGGUGGUCCAACUGAAAUCCAACAUGUCCCCUACUCAAACUCGGCCCGAAAGUCCCAAGCAAUCAACUUUCAGUUAAUCUUCGCCUGCACAGUGUUUGCUGCCGCCUCGUUCUUAUUCGGAUUCGACGACAAAAUCAUUUCUCCGGUUGCUGCAUUGCCGGAUUUUGUCGAGAACUUUCAAGGACCUAACCCAGCCACUGGGAAGUAUGUCCUUACGGCUCGUAAUCAGAAUCUGGUCUUCUCCCUUCCAUUGGUGGGCUCCGUGAUUGGAGGUCUGCUUGCUUCACCAAUGAAUUUCCACUUUGGUCGCAAAUGGCCUUUGAUGAUUGCAUAUAUCGUAUCUGUGGGUGGUGGAUUGCUACAGGUCUUUGCGCCGAAUUUGGGAGCCUUUGUGGGAGGUCGUUCUAUCAAUUCGAUUGCUUUGGGCAUCGUGGGUGUGACUGCCCCUUUGUAUAUCUCCGAGGCGGUUCCUGCAUCUAUACGUGGAAGAUGUGUCAGUUCCAUGAAUAUCUUGAACUUAACAGCUGGCGUGGUAGGCACCGUGGUGGUCUUCAGGACGGAGAAGAUCGACGGGAGCCUGUCAUACCAGAUCCCACUUGCUGUGCAGUGUGCUAUACCUAUACUUCUUCUCUUCUUGACAAUUCCUCUUCCAGAAAGUCCACAAUGGCUGGCUGGGAAGGGAAGCAUAGAAGAAGCUCGAAACAGCCUACGGAAACUGCGUGGGUUCAGCGACGCUGAGGUCGAAGAUGAACUCCAUCUCAUGAAGCUGUCUGAAGAAAAUGAGCGCGAACUACGCAACCAGACCAAGUUCUGGCACAUAUUCCAGCAACAGCAUCUCAAACGUACCCUGACUGCGGGCUCGUUCUUCUCUCUUAACCAAAUAUCAGGCAUCAUUCUUUCGACAACAUAUACAACCGUCUUCCUCACAGAGCUGGGCAUUGCAGAUCCCUUCUCCCUGACAGUCAUCGCAUCCUGCUGCACAUUAGCCGGCACCAUUGCCGCACCCUUCGUCAUCGACCGUGCCGGUCGACGUCCUACGGCAUUUAUCGGGAUGGGGAUUAUGUUCAUAAUCGACGCCGUGGCUGGUGGUCUAGCUUUUGACAGAGACAACAAGCAAGCAACUAUGGCCAUCGCCAUUUUGUCAUUUGUAUUCAACUUUUUCUGGGCAUCUUCCUUCUGCUCGCUGUCAAACCUCAUGCCCUCUGAAAUGGCAACUCCCAAACUCCGCCACCACACCAUGUCCUACACAGUUGCCUGUGCGCAAACAACCGCCGUUAUCACCACUCUUGUCGUUCCACGGUUGACCUCAGCCGAUGCUGCUAACCUUGGCGCGAAGACAUAUCUCAUAUUUGCUGGCUGUAUGGCUGCCAUCAUUAUCUUUUUCUACUUCUUCAUGCCUGAGACGCGUGGCCGGACUUUUAACGAGAUCGAUGAGAUGUAUGCGGCUAAAAUCCCUAUGUGGAAAUGGAGAUCGUAUGAGACUUCAUUUGAAGUGGGGUCUCAUACGACAAAGAUUUUGUGA